UAGUAUAAAUAGAUGCCGCUUGCUCACGGAAGGCACACUGAGUUUCCACAGCUCAAGCGAACAUCGACAUGCAGGUCUUAAUCCUCUUCGCUCUUUUUGCCGCUUCCCAGGCCGCCAUCUUACUGGGCGGAGCUAGUGAACAGUAUCGCAGCCAAGACGGCCAUGGCAACUACGCCUUCGGUUAUAACGAGGGCCAUGGUUCAGGAGCCACCUUCCGAAAAGAGACUGGAUCCCACGGAGUAGUUGCCGGAUCUUACGGACUCAGUGAUGCUGAUGGCCGACAACGUAUUGUCAACUACGUCGCCGAUGCUGCCGGAUUCCGUGCUGACAUUAAGACCAACGAGCCCGGUGUGGAGCCUAAAGACCCAGCCAACACAGCCAUCAACAAGGCCGGUCUCGUUGUAGCCCCAGCACACCACGCAUACGCAGCCCCUGUCCUCCCUUACGCUGCUCCCUUGCACCAUGCUGCACCCUUGCACCACGCCGCGUCUUUGCACCACGCCGCUCCUCUCCACUACGCCGCUGGACAUCCGUUGGGAGCCUACGCUUACAACACCGCCAUUGCCCACCAUGGUCUCGCACAUCCUGGUCACUACGGUUACUACUAUUAAAGGGUUAGUUUCAGCUAGAAGACUGUUUUGUGAUUUUCUGCCAGACCGUCCUGGUGGAUCAUAGUCACCAACAUGCUACUGUGAUCCUCCUGAUGGAUCGUAGUCGCCCAGAAGCUGCAAUGAUAUUUCUUGUAGAUCCCAGUAGCUCAUAAAUGUUGGGAUUCCCAAAAUGGUCUGGAUCACAGCAUGGUCAUUCAAUCAGAACUAAGGACAUUGCCAAAGGACAAUAAAUCUAUUCGCAGGGUGCUAUCCUUACUGAGGUUGUGUUAACCUGGUGUGCUCAAGGGUUUUCGGGCUUAUUUUCUAUGUGCCAAUAAGAAAAAUAAAAUAUUUAGUUUCACAAA